ACACUGCAGUAAACAACAUGGCAGCCUCCAUAAAUUUCAGGAAAAGUUUUAGGAAGUUAACAUUCACACAAAAUACAGAUAAAUGGAUGGAGUAAAGUUAAUAAAUGGUGACAAUUUACUUAAAGUGCAAUGUACUCCUUGGAAAUAUGAAAUAACAAAAAGAUACAUGCAUAAACAUGGGAGAAAACGUGCAAGAUAAUAACUGACAUUGCAGGAUAAAAAAAAGGUAGAAAGCGGAAACUUUAUCUAUAUGUUGAUAAGGUUUGCACAGAUAAGAACCUCUGACACUAUAAGAUGGAAAUCACUGCUGAAGUGUGUCAUACUAUAUUGUGUAGUAAACAUACAUGAGAUAGACAGUAAAGUUCGUGAUCUGAUGUUGUAAUAGUAGGAAUAAAUCUACGGAAUUAAACAGAUGAUGUAAAUAUACUGGAUGUUACAAACAGGCAUCGAGUUAACAGACAUGUGAUGUAUUUUGUUUCUCUGUUCAGGAAACAUGCGGAUACGGACGAUGCCCUAUAGACCUAAGCUCGUUGUCCUAAUUAUUGUUGUCAUCAUCGUCCUGAUUACCAACCGAACCAUUUUCUACAUAAGAUCAAGCAUUGAAGACGUUGAUCAAGCCAAAUUAAAAACACUGAAGAAACUUGCAAAAGACGAAAGCUUAGCAACAGUGAAUCGGAUAUCAGCAAAAUUUGCACCAUUUCAACAAAAGCAAAUACAAGAAAACUUUAUGCAAAUUGAACAAUUACAAGAUGCAAAAACUAGUGUAGGACAACCACAAUCUGAGAAGAAGUUACAGCCGCCUGUCCAGUACGGAAAGGAUAGCUACCUUAAAUAUUUCAAGGAUACAAAUGAUAAUGACAUACAAGACUCUUUUGUAAAUCUUCACAACUAUGGCUUUAUUCUAAAUAACAAACAUGCGUGCAACAAAAAUGUUUUAGUUUUGGUUCUAAUAAAUAGUGAUCCUAGAAAAUAUAAGGAACGGAAAUUGAUAAGAGAUACUUGGGGAUCAGUAAGGUUUUACUCAGGUGCUAAUAUUGUGCCGUUGUUUAUUCUUGCAAAAGUGGAAGAUCAAAACUUACAAGAUAAAAUCGUUUUGGAAAGUAAAACAAAUCUUGAUAUUAUUCAAGGAAAUUUUAUAGACUCGUAUCGCAAUCUGACGUAUAAAUGUGUAAUGGGAUUGCACUGGGUUCAAAAAUAUUGUAACCAUACUAAGUUCGUUGUCAAGGUUGACGAUGACACCCUUAUUGAUAUUUAUCAUUUGGUUCGUUUCCUUUUACAAAAGUCCCCGGAUGGAAAUGUAGAAGACUUUCUGUAUUGUUCAAUAUACCAUAACCAAGGACCACGUAGGACAAAGGAUGACAAAUGGUUCGUGCCAGAAAGUGAAUACCCAUAUUCAAAAUAUCCGCCAUAUUGCGAAGGAUUUGCUUACGUCAUGUCAUAUGACGUCACUAAGAAACUUUAUCAUGCUUCCAGAGAAGUGAAAUUCUAUUGGAUAGAUGAUGUUUAUAUUACUGGCUUUGCUGCUUUAAAAGCCGGUGUUUUUCAACGGAAUAUGGAAAGCGGACAUGGAUAUAAUUUACUUGAGUCUGAACAUCUUUCUAAAAAUGUGCAAUCGUCCAUGUUUCUACUGGCAAAGUAUGAACACUUGAGGAAGAACUGGGGUGCAGCUUGGAAUGACAUAAAGUCUUUUCAUCAAAUAGAAUAGAAUAUAAUUUACUUUUAUUUCAUAAUAUUAUUACAGCAAGCGUUAUUUCAAGACAUAUUUUUGUGUCUUUUUUUAGCUUACGUCACACUGAAACCUUGUGGUUUGUUCACAAAAAGGUGGUAACUUAAGCAACAUUUUGCGCUGUGUUCACUUUUCGCUUACUGUGUUAAAGAUUUAUGCAACGAUUAUUUAUAUGAACAUCACCAAAUCAUAGUGAGACAGACUUGUUAUACACAAAAGUGGAACAGCACUGCCCGAAAAAGGACUGCAUGAUUAUUCAAAGUUUUCAAUAAGAUACUGUAAAGCGUGUACAUUUUUAUGUAUUUUGACAAUUUCUUAGAUAAAAGCACAUUGUAUUUCAGUGGUCGUGGUAUAUAGAAAAUGUUUCACUGACUUUUUGUCGAAAGUUAUUUUGUGACAGAUACGUGUAAGAAAAUAUUUAAAAUGUUGUCGUUAUUUUAAGACGAUUUAUUUUGAAAUGGAGUUAAACAGCAAACGCAGAUCAAAAUAUUUCCAACGACAUGUGAUCAUAAUUUCCAAUGAAUCACAGUGUCCUUUGACCCUCUGCAAACUCGGGAUCUAUUUAUUGUGUUCAAACUUGAUAUGAUAUUUAGAUUGAAGAAAAAACUAAAACCAG